CCUCCGCCCGGCCGCUGCGGCAGUGUCUCGGAGGCGGGCAGGCGGCCGGUCCCUCCGGUCCCCCGGCAGCAUCCCGGCCCCGCCAUGGCUGGCGUCGGCUUCGCGGCGCACCGCCUGGAGCUGCUCGCCUCCUACCAGGACGUGAUCGGCGAGGACAGCCCCACCGACUGGGCCCUCUACACAUACGAGGAUGGCUCUGAUGACCUGAAGCUGGCAGCAUCAGGAGGUGGAGGUUUGCUGGAGCUUUCCGGCCACUUUGAGAUUCAGAAGGUGAUGUAUGGCUUCUGCAGCGUCAAGGACCCCCAGGCUGUGCUCCCCAAAUAUGUCCUCGUCAACUGGGUGGGCGAGGACGUGCCGGACGCCCGCAAAUGCGCCUGUGCCAGCCACGUAGCCAAGAUUGCUGAGUUCUUCCAGGGUGUCGAUGUCAUCGUCAAUGCCAGCAGCGUGGAGGACAUUGACCCAGGGGCCAUCGGGCAGCGGCUCUCCAACGGGCUGGCCCGUGUCUCCAGCCCGGUGCUGCACCGCCUGCGGCUGCGCGAGGACGAGAAUGCCGAGCCCGUGGGCACCACUUACCAGAAAACCGAUGCCACCGUGGAGAUGAAGCGACUCAACCGGGAGCAGUUCUGGGAACAGGCCAAGAAAGAGGAGGAAUUGCGUAAGGAGGAAGAGCGGAAAAAGGCUCUGGAUGCCCGGCUGCGGUUCGAGCAGGAGCGGAUGGAGCAGGAGCGGCUGGAGCAGGAGGAGCGGGAACGGCGCUACAGGGAGCGUGAGGAGCAGAUCGAGGAGCACAGGAGGAAGCAGCAGAGCUUGGAGGCGGAGGAGGCCCGGCAGCGCCUGAAGGAGCAGUCCAUUUUUGGGGAUCAGCAAGAGGAGGACGACAGGCAGCAGUUUAGGAAAUCGGAGUCAGAGGUGGAGGAGGCUGCUGCCAUCAUCGCUCAGCGGCCUGACAACCCCCGGGACUUCUUCAAGCAGCAGGAGCGGGUGGCAUCGGGCAGCAGUGAUGCUGUCUCACCAGGCAGCCACAGGACAGGUCGUCUGCACUGUCCUUUCAUAAAGACAGCUGACAGUGGGCCACCUUCUUCUUCCUCCUCCUCCUCCUCCCCCCCACGGACCCCCUUCCCCUAUAUCUCCUGCCACCGCACUCCAAAUCUCUCCUCUUUCUUCCCAUGCAGCCAGUCGGACGCCUUCCGCAAGGCCUCGGCAGCGGGCUGCAGCCCCUGCGAGUCCAGCCCGGCCGUCACGCCGCUGGGCGAACCGGGCACCCGCGCGCCCGCUGACCAGACGCCGGCAACGCCCAAAGAGUCCCCCAGCCCCAGCGCGCAGGAGCCCGGGCCAGCCACGCCCGAGCAGCACUGGCCCUUCCCGGGGCCAGAGGACAAGGCCAUCGAGCCCCCUGGGGACGAGCCCAGUCCCAGGCCAGUGUGGACAGCGGGGGGUGAUGCCCUGGGGGACCUGGUGACCCUGGAGCCCACCGAGCCCUCCCUGCCACCCGUGGCUGACGAGCCCCAAACUGGGGAAGCCCCCAACCCCGAGAGCCUCAUCGACCUGUGGCAGAGCGACGGGGUGGCUCCCCCAGCUGCCUGGCCCCUGCCUGCUGCCCCGGUCCCCGAGACACCCCCGGCCAUGCUGCCCGAGGAGGGGGCCCUGCUGAGCCUGGAUGAGCUGCCAGAGCCCCCUGCCACCUUCUGCGACGCGGAGCAGGAGGAUGAGGAUGAGGAGGAGGCAGCUGGCGAGGGGGAACCCCAGUCCCAGGAUCUGGGCUGCCAGCACACGCCCCAGGAAGACACCCCGGGCCGAGAGACACCCCCCAUCACCAAUGGGGAGAUGGCCCCCAAGGAUGGGACACCGGGCCGUGGGGAGCAGGCCAGCGAGGGCUACUUCAGCCAGUCCCAGGAGGAGGAGGUGCUCCCCCCCGAGGAGCUGUCGGCCAAAGCCCCCCAGCCUGUCUUCUACAACAAGCCCCCAGAGAUCGACAUCACAUGCUGGGAUGCAGACCCUCUGCCCGAGGAAGAGGAGAGCUUUGGGGGGGCCCUGUAAGGCCAGG